AUGCACAUCACAAAACUUCCGUGCGAGAUCAUCAACGCAGUGCUGCAGCACGUUGACAGCCUACACAACUUGUCCUCUGCAUUGCUCACUUGCCGUCAUGUCUACACCAGCUUCCAAGAAAACCCACAUGUCGCAGUCGACAUUUUGCAGCGACAAAUCGCCCCAGAGCUGCUCCCGUAUGCCGUUGCAGUGACGGAAGCAUCGCGCGUUGGUCCGCGAACCGGCCCAACAGUCCAGGCGCUGCUCGAUAAGCUCAACAGGGAGCUGCACACGGAGUCGCCAGAGGCACAAGGGCUGCAGACACGGACGCUUGUAAGCCAGCUGGCGACAAUGCCGUUCCCACUACUGUCGCAGAUGAGCCACAUGCACGACGUUAUUCACAGCUUCGUAACGGCAUUUUCGACCAGUGCAUGGACACUUCUGUCAUCCCGACUCGUAUUUGCACCAUGCGGAGAGAGCGUGUCUCUGUCACCAAAGGAAUACACUCGCUUCUGUCGUGCCUUUUACCGGAUGGAAUUAUACUUCCGCCUCUUUCCACACUCUGACUCGCCGGACGAAGAAACAAGUAGCGGUGCCCUGUUUUACGCAUGUUUCCGGCCCUCCCGGGACGUUGUUGCCCAUGAUGUUUUAUUUGGCGAGAUGAGCGUCGACUAUCUCACGCCGGGCCAUAUGAACCUUUCAAGACAAACUUGGGCCAAGGUGCGACAACUCCUAACGUCUACGUUUACGUUUACGUCCAACGGGUCGGAUCUACACGAAACACUCCUCGAACUAUACGCGGAAGACCGACGCGUCAAUGACACGCCGCUGCAAGACUAUUCCAAAGAGAAACGAGAGGCCCUGUUUCAACCAUCGGAACCUCGACACGAUGCUGACAGGGGUCCCUUUGAGGCAUGGUGGGCCGCCAACAAAGAACUGCCCCUCCAUAGCUCGCUCAUGAUGUACCACAAUACGGGAUUCCGCGAUCGGGCAUAUGUUCUCUGGGACGAGGAUCGUCUGAAGCUAUACAGCUUACUCAAUCUGUUCACUGAAUAUGCACCCGAGUCGGAGCUGGAGCUGGAGGAUACGAUAGAGGAGCAUGAUGCUAUGGAAGCGUCAUUUGAUGCCCGGUCCGAGAUCUACCAGAAGGGCGGCCGAGGAUACUGGAGCAAGGAUGACGAAAGUCGGAUUGUAUGGCCAGAGAUAUCCACUGGGCACUGA